GUCAGUUUUAUACGUUGGAGUCCUGUAGUUGUCAAUUAUUUAUAAUUUAUAUACUUAUUUUAGUGAAUAUUACCUUCUAAUUCGAUUAUAAUUUUAGGGAAGAUAUAGUUAUUAAAGAUAAAAACUCUUUUGAGUUAUCUUACUCUACGUUAUUGUCAGGAUGACUUCUGAAAGUGAUGCUAUAAAAACAAAUGAAUUUCUACGACGACGUAAACUACGAUUAUUACAGGUCAGAGAACAAUCGAAAGACAUUGCAAAAAAAGUAAGACAGCGUGCAAAAGCUGAAAAGUUGCAACAUAUAGAAGAGUUAAAGAGCAAUAAAGAGAGGGAAUACUUGAAGCAUCAAGAAAAACUAGUUAAAUGUCUUGAACAACUGUAUGCACAAGGAGUGAAAAAUAUUGGGUCUAGCCACCACCAAGCUUCUGCAAAUAAAGAGAAUGUUAAAAAAUCAAGUGACAAAGAAGAUUUAUCAAAAGUUCGAGGCAAGGAGGCUGCAGCUGCAUUGAGGAAAAGGAAACAAGAAAAAUUAAAUCAGCAAAAAAAGUUACUGGAUCGAAAACUCUUAGCAAGGGAAGCUGCUAAUGAGAUUAGUAGAGAGAAAUCCUUAAGUGUGGCAAAUAAACUAAUUUCAAAAUCUGAGACUAAUAUUCCUCAAGAUAUUCCUAUUCCUAAACCAGCAGUAGGAGUAGGUGAUUCUAAAGGGAGUGAUGAGAAUGAGACUUGCCAAAAAUUGAAUAAAAAUGACAUGGGGACCCAAUGGGAUAGUGAAGAAGUGCCCAAUGAAUGGGAGCCCAAUAUACCUCUGCUUUCACUACCAAAAGAUGAUAGAGAGAGUCUAAAGGAGUCUAAUAAUAUUCCUGAAAGUAAAUCAGAGAGAAGCAAAAGAAUAGAUCUCUUUGCUCUUAGUUCUGAAAUGCCAUCUAGUUUACGUGGAGGACUUAUUAAUGUUUCAGAAGAAAGAACUAAUGUAAGACCAUCAUUAACUAUGGUCACAGAGUAUUUGCAAAAUAGGGCACUCAGACUCAGAGAAACUUGUCCUAAGAAAAUGCCAGUUGUAGGAGAUGAUCUUGAGAGUUUAAAACAAACAAUACUACGCACAAGGUCUUCAAAACUAGAAGGUAGUACAACUAAAAAUGUUUGUCAUGUUCUCAAUGAGCAAGUUAUCCCUGUGCCGUCAUGGCAUGCUGAAAGUAUUUGUGAAUUAUGUUCCCACCAUAUCUCGCACCAUAAUAAUUACAAUAGAUGUAAACAAUUUACAGUUAGUAACUCUGAAAUUAAUGAGAUUUUUAGUUCUAUACAACCAAAGAAUAUGGAUGUUCAACCUAACCCCAUUUUAAGAGGUAGCAGUCCAUUUAGAAGAAAUAAAGAUUAUCAAAGAAUAUAUAAAAAGCCAGAAGGAUCAAUGUCGGUAAGUGAGGUUGUUUUUAUUUAUAUUGCAGCAAAAAGGGAUAUUGACAAAUCAGUGAUUAGUGAUGCUGAUUCAGUACUGAAUAAGAAAAGUUCUGUAACAAUCUACAAUCAUUCAACUAGAAAUUCUAGAGACAUUCCACUAGGUGACUCAGAUUUGGUAGUCAGAGACCAUCUAAUAGAAGAUAAUGCAUAUGAGAAAGCAUUAAAGGAGAGUUCAAAUGACAAUGCUAAAGAAAAGGAACACAUGAAGAGAUUGCAAGAAAUGAGGAGUAAGGUUGCAAUGACGAAACAAACUGUUGAAAGGGAAUACAAUGACACAAUGUCAUUUUUGAAAUCACUACCUAAAGAAAAAAGCACCAAGAAUUCCAGAACUUCGCACAUGGAUGAAAGGAGGCAGCAGAUGCAGAAAGAUAAACAUCAAUUAAAACUGCAAUGUGAAUAUAAUAAAAUUGAAAGACAAUCUAGAAAAAAUUGUGAAAUGAGUCCAAAAUCUAAAGUUACAUCAAUAAAUAGUAGGAAAUCUAAAUCUCCAAUUGAAAGAAAUCUAAGUGAUGACUUUGAGGCCAGAGAUUUGCAAUAUUCUUGGAUGCCAGUACCAGAAAGUGAUGGCAACUUAGCAAUUCAUACAAUACCUACUAGUUUAAAAGAAGGAAAGUCUGGGAACACAGUGAAAUUUAGUAAAGUUGACAGCUACCAUGAAUAUAGGUCAAGACACAAGCAUACACCUCCAACAAAGGAUACAAAUGAUAAACAACCAAAAAAGAAAAGUGUAGAAACUAUUGUUAUCCAAAAUGAUGAUACUGACAGUAUGAAUUACUCCACAAGUUCUUCAGAUACUAGUUCAGUUGAAAAUUUGAAUCUCCAAAGGAAUAAAGACACUAAAAGCAAUGGAGCUAUUUCAGAAGAUGAAAAUAUAGUUGUUUACAAAAUCUUACAUUCUAAAGUUGGGAAAAAAGCAAAAGAAAGGAGGCGACAUAAAUUAAUUGAUGAAGUUGCAAAAGUGCUUACUGCAAUGGACAAAGACAAAUCUACUAAAAUAAACAAAGAUGACAAUAACAACCGUAACAAAACUGGUACUGGAACGUUGGAUUCAAAAACUAAUGUUCCUUUAGAACAAAUCAACGAAGGUGUAUACAAAAUAGUAAAUGAAAAGGGGGACAAUAUAAGCUCCUUAUAUUUUUCCGAUAAACCAUAUAAUGCUACUGAAGAUGAUCAAAAUCAAACCAGACCUCACAUAUGUAAGAAACGGAUACAUAAGAAACAAAAGUUUGUUGAAGAUGGUUCAAGCAGGAAUAACAAGUCUAGAACUGUUCCGAGCGGACAGCAUCCCUCAGCCGCUACUUCCACGUCUUCAUUUAAAACAGCGUCUAUAAAUGAAAGAAAUACAAUGCUUGAUGGUGAUUUUGUCAAACUAUUGGAUGACAACGGCCAAGAGGCUGGCAAGUUUUACAUUGGCGCCAGUGGGUACCUCAAAGACAAUGCUUACGAAAUUACAAUACAGUUGAAAAAGAAAGAUUCAUUCAGAAAAGACGAAAGAUCAGAAGUUGCUAGAAAUAAUGAAAAUUUAAUAGCUAAGGAAAAAGAGGCGACUCUCCAGGAAUUAAAGAAUCCUGACAAUUUUAUGCCACCACAUUCUGAACUUUUGUGUGUUAAUGAUGGAUUAAACAACGCCGAUGGUAGCAAAGCUGUUUAUACACAUCCAGGUACUGAAUGUAUGGAUUCUGGGGUACAAGAGGCAUCUCAGCACUCUCCUGCCUUAGAUGGAAUAAAUGAAAAGGAUAAUGAAGUACCAGUAUUAGAUGCAUGUGUAGAUAAACCAGUAUUUACCGAUUCCAGUAAAGAAAACAUAGAUAAAACAGCUAAAUGUUUCAUUGACAAAGGUACUUACACAACAUCUCAGCUUUCGUUUGCAAUACCGAGUGAUUUUCCUAAAACAGAUGGUCCACCUAGACCAGCAACAUCCACUUACACACAGACUACAAUGAAUUCUCCAAACACAAGACCGGUUUAUAUUCAUAUGAGUUCUUCUACGUCGACCGCAUACAUGAGUCCACCCGAAAUUAUAUUACCCAAGUUUCUGAAACAUAAAUACGACGGUUAUAGUCAUCGAGAGGCAGUUACAUCGCAAGAUGAAAGAUGUAUAACGAAGAAGCAUCGCGAAUGUGAUAAAGAUUUUAUGUGUUCAUGUAAACGUUGUGUAUUACGUGAAAAAGGAAACAAAUUAGACACUAAUACUAAAAGCAGUAAAAAAGCUUAUGUGGGCUUGAAAAAAAUAAGUACGCCUCCAAAUACAGCACGAAAUUCUACAAAAAGUCUAGAUAUUAAUCGUUAUGAUAAAUCGUCUCCGAAAGUAAACACAAAAUGCCGAAAAUGUAAAAGUCGAACAACAUCUAGUGUAGAUAAGAAAUGUCGCCGUCGUAAAAUUCAGCGUCCAUGUAAAUUAACUACGACAAAUUAUGUACCGCAUUCUGAUUCAAACGCACCAACAUCGUUGAAAACUGAUGUUAAUGGAAAAAUUGAUAGAAACAAUUUAAACCCUCUUAUCAAAAAAUAUGUAAAUAAAUUAUUGGAACUCAAUAGUAAUGGCUUAAAAGCAAUCGAAAUCGCCAAUCAAGAAUGUAGUUCAGUAAGUACUCCAGGCAGUUCUAUUAUAGAAGUUUCACGUAACAUUACUGGUGAUACUACCGAAAUUAGUAACAAAAUAUCGUUGGAGCAAAUCAAAAAUAUGAUAAAGCAAAAAAUAUUACAAGAAUAUGUCAAAGAGAAUAACAUCGAAGACUCGAUCCAAGUAUGCAAUAACAGAAAGCCUAGAAAUUGUUUAUUAAAACCGUUGGGAACAAAAAGAUCAGUUCAUAAGGUAAAAUCUUUAAAUAUAUCAAAAAAAGUAUUUAAAUCGAAAAAGCCGAAAAAAGUUUUUAAUCCCCCUUUUCCGACGCCUAUCAAUGAACCCAGUUGUAGCACAUCGUCCCCAUCACCAACUUCAAACAUGUAUAUUAAAAAAUCUUCCUCAUCUAUUUCAAAAUUAACAAAAGAAACUAGCAAACGAAUCCGUAGCAAGAGUUCUCCAACUCCAAGAUUUACAAAUAAAAGUGAAUCUACUAAUAAUAACACGGAUAAUUCAGAUGUUAAUAAAGCAUAUAAGCGUUUACCAAAUAUAAACAAUAUUACUGAAAACGAUAUGGCUCAUAAAUAUGACAAAAGAAGUGUACCAAAGGCAGAUUAUAUGCUUCCACUUAAUAAAGCAACAGUCACAAUCCCUGACUUAGAAGAUCAUACCAAUGGCUCGCAAACUCAUACCGACGCUCCUACUAAUACAUCGACUCAAACAAGUCAUGAUUUAGACAGCGAGAUAAAUUUAAUAAAAAUGGCGGAAAACAAAAUUCAAAAUAUGGAAAAGAUUGCUGACUUGACUGAGAAAUGCACAAAGAGGCUAUCAAAUUUAGCAAAAAUCCUUGAAGAAGUCAGAAAAAAUAAGUCUUCGGCAUACAGUCAUAUUUCAACCUCGGAUACAGCGUCUGACUCUGACCAAAAAUCUGAUAAAGUUAAGAAUAUUAGUGUGACGUCAAGGAUCAAGGAUCCCAUCAUUGAAGUUCAAAAAAUACAAAGUAAAGACUCUGCUCAUACACUUAAAACAUUACCUGAAAAUGAUAAUAAAACAACUUCAGAAUAUAUCUCCUUUUUAAAAGAUAUUCCUAAACCGGAAGAAUGUAAAUUUACAACAACUUCAGUGGAAAUUGACAAAUACAAAAUUGACGUAAAUUCCACGGUAAACCAAUUAAUCAAUAAAAGUAGAACUAAACCUCCUCCGGCAUUAUCUCGCAUUACUCUCAAGCACGGACAAGAUAUUAUUCCCCAUGAAUUGUCAACAGUAGUUGAAGUUGAUUCACCUAUGAGCCUAAAAUUGAAAAACCAAAAUUCGAAAGGAUCACCUGGAGACUCUGUUCCAGAAAUUACAAAUCAAAUAAAUACCAGUAUAGUUGAGAAAGACGUAGAUCAAAUUGUGAAUACAGAUAUUCGAGUAAAUCCAGAUUUACUGCAGAAUAAUAGUGAUAUUGUAUCCAAACAACACAGCUCGGAUAAUGGUUCAUCAGGUGACACUAAAGUGGAAAUGAUGGAUUUGAAGCAAUUUAAUGAAGUAAUGCUUAAACCAUUUAUAACUCUGCAAGAAUAUGCUAAACAAUGCGACGUUGGAAUAUUAGAUGAAGGUUCUAAUAUCGAUGAUAACAUUAAGGAUGAUUUAGUCAAUGAUGAAAUGAUUGAAUGUUCGUUGCAUUCGGAUGGUAGUUUACCAGAUGUGAUUGCUGAAUUAUUGAAAAGGAAUAUUAUAGCUGAACCUUUCAAGUUUGAUACAAUAUCUAAUAUUAAUUCUACUACAGUCUCAUCGGAAUCUACUUUAUCGUUACUAGCACUGUCGAAAGCAAGGCAGAAUAGAAAGAAAUCUAGAGUAGCAUUUCAAAGUAAAGAGAAUACAUCUGAAACAUCAGAUACAUUAAGUAUUUCCUCAAAUCCUGAUUUGGAAAAUGCUUUUAAGAAAUUGGGCAUGGGAUGGGCGUCCUCAACUUUGAAGAAAACAAAAGAACGUUUAGCUCUAUCGUCAUCUUCAAAUACUUCUAGUUCUAGUUUAUUGCAAUUUAAAAUAAAAAAUAUAGACAAUCAGGAAAUACCUUCAUUAGUCACCGAUUCCGUACUAUCUGCUUCGAAAACAUCAAAAAGGCAAAACCAAAAAAAAUUUGCAGAUACAUCAAAAAAUGUAGAACAGCAAACUUCUUUUAGGAAUUCUAUGACAGUAAAAGAAUUUCUAACAAACGAAUUGGCAAAAAGAAUUACUUUUACUAAUAAGAGUCAGAGAAACGAAACCGACGAAGAAUUUGUUUCGUUGCUUGAAACAAAAAUGCCAGAACAAAUGAAACAUUCUUCGCAAAAUAUACUCGAGGAACAUUCUGUAGACAGUUUACCUAGUGGAAGUAAUAAUAGAGCGCGUACUUCAACACCAGUACAGAUUUUUAAAUCAAUGACUUAUCAGUCGAGUUCCAGCUCAAACGUAUCUAAUGGGUUGUUUAGUAAUGCUGAUGAAUUAUCAUCCGUGAAAGUGACUUCUAAUUCCAUUCGUAAUCAUUCCACAUCAGAUAAAGGCGAAUUGACUGUACCGAAUUGCAGCUUGAAAGUGAGAAAAGGUGCUUCAGAUUGCAGCAAAAGUGAUUGACGAUGUAGCAAUAUUUUUAUUUAUUUUUUAGAAAACUUAAAAGAACGUUAUUAUGUAUGUACCAAGGUAUUUUUGUAUAAUGAAAUUUAAAUAAAUUGUCAGUUUUUUAAACAUUUAAUUUUUUCAACUAAAUGUUUUUACAAAUAUUUAAACUUUCGAUAAAGAUAAAAAUUUGUUCUAAUUAUUUGAUCAAUUUUGCAUUCACAAUGCCAUACUGAAAAUUAAUGUUAGGUACUAGGUAGCUCAGUUAGAGCAGUCGCCCGGAUUGCGAAAGGUCAUGGGUUCGAGUGCCAUCUCAUAGUGUCAGGGACAGAGUGGAUUUUUAAGCAUUUUUAUUAAGAAUAUUUUUCAAUAUAACAUUGUGAAUGCAAAAUCAAAUAUGAUCAUUAGAACAAAUUUUCAUCUUUGUCGAAAACAUUUCUUUCACCUGUUUCAUCCAUCCAGGAUUGCCGAAACAUUGAUGAAAAUACGCUCUGUAGUAGCGAAAAAGUAACAAAUGCUUUAAAAAUUCGUCAGUUCUGUUAGGUCCUGGGUAGCUCAGUGCUUAGAGCAGUCGCCGGAUUGCGAAAGGUCACGGGCAGUGGCGUAACUACAGGGUGGCAAGUCGGCAAAAUGCCACGGGCCCCCAGCUGGAAGCCCCCCCCCCCCCCGGUCAGAGGACAUUUAUUAUUAGUAAAAAAAAUGUAUAUUCGAUGAAUUUGGCAUAGGCCU